AAUACUCUGUGUGUCUUUAAAAAAAGUGAGUUGAUUGAUUUGGUUGGACGGGUGAAUUUUUUAUCUCUCUGUAAAUUUAAUAUUUUUUCACCUAUUAAAAUAUUUCCUUCAUGAAUCUGUGCUAAAUAUUCUCCUAUUUAUGUGUUUAACAAAGUUUUGUCAAGUGAAAUAAAACCGAAAAAUAAUACCACCUGUUCCUGACACAAUUUCUUGAAGCCAAUAAAAUGUUCUCUAAACAUUGAAUGAACUUAAGAAUGAGGUAUGGCCGUUCAGUGGGGUUGUGUGCAGUAGCAGAGUUUAGAGUUAACAAACAUGAGUGGUCAGGGCUGUGUCAACUGUAAAGAGGGGUCUGACAAUUCCGAUGUGCGACAUGAGGAAGGAUGCUCUGAGGCUGAAGAUGCUCAGAUCCAGCUGGCAUCGCAUGUGCAGGCGUACCUGGCGCACAACAGCCCAACCACCAACUGCUGUGGGCUCACCAUCCCCAUAGCAUUCGAGCGGGCAGCCCCAGGCACCUGUUGGAACCCCAGAUUUGACUCAGAAAUACUUGAGGGCCAAUACCGAAGCAGUUCCUUCCGACAAAUUAGAUUAAGAUUCAGAUUUGCACUUUUAUACAUAUUGAUAUUUUCUAUAUCAUGGUUUGUCUACUUUGUGGUCCUUGGCACCCACGGCAUCACAGUGAAGUGGCCAUUCCUAUGUUCUAUAUUUGCUGCAGUAGUCCUCAUAACAUCCGGUAUGCUGCUAGCCACAUUCAUGGAGGUAUACAAGGUGUACACUUUCAAGUUGUCUCUAGUGAUGGCGCUGGCGCUGUGCGCGCUGAGCCUGUCGCUAGUGAUCCUCACCACGCAGCGGCAGGUGGUGGUGUCGGAGGCGGCUGACAUCAGCCAAUCAGGUCACUUCAUCAUGUGCAUAGAGAUACUGCUGAUCAUCUACACGCUGACGCCACUGCCUCUAUUUGCGUGCGUCAUUAUCGGAGUCAUCUUCUCAAUAGUUUUUGAGGUGUUGAACAUCUUCCUGCACAAGAACAACCAGGAGUUCGAGUACUCGGCGAUGCUGGUGCGCGCGCUGCUGCAGGCCUGCGUGCACGUGGUGGGCGUGCACAUCUACCUCAUGACGUUCGUGCGCAUGCGCGGCACCUUCAUGAAGGUGGGGCAGAGCCUGCUGGUGCGGCGCCAGGUCGAGAUGGAGAAGCAGCUGAAGGAGAAGAUGAUCCACUCGGUCAUGCCGCCGAAGCUCGCGAGCUGGCUCAUGGAGGAGCAAGUCGAUAAACAAGACUCGGAGAGCCCGGUCAAAGGCCACGACCCGUACGCCCACAGGAACUCCAACACCGGCGCGUCGGAUAUUAAGUCCCUCUUCCGUCCGUUCAACAUGAGUUGCAUGGACAACGUGAGCAUCCUAUUCGCCGACAUAGUCGGCUUCACGCGCAUGUCGAGCAACAAGGGCGCGGACGAGUUGGUCAACAUAUUGAACGACCUGUUCGAGAAGUUCGACGAGUUGUGCCAGAACCACGGCUGCGAGAAGAUCUCGACGCUGGGCGACUGCUACUACUGCGUGUCGGGCUGCCCGGAGCCGCGCCCCGACCACGCCACCUGCUGCGUCGAGAUGGGGCUCGGUAUGAUCGAAGCCAUCCAAGACUUCGACCGCGAGCGGGGCGAGGGCAUCAACAUGCGCGUCGGCGUCCACACUGGCACGGUCCUGUGCGGGAUCGUGGGCACGCGACGCUUCAAGUUCGACGUCUGGAGCAAUGACGUCUCGUUGGCCAACAAAAUGGAGUCCACGGGCAUGCCCGGCCGAGUGCAUAUAUCGGAGGAGACCAGUCGGUUCCUGGGAGGGUGCUAUGUGAUGGAGGAGGGAGAGGACGUUGAAGGUCACAAGACAUACUUCAUCGAGGGCCGACAGCUGGGGUUCGCGCGCGAGCCGUGCCUCACGCCCUCCAACCCUGUCAACUUACGCCUCAUCAUCUCCCCCGCCUCGUCCCCACAAUCCGUGCUCUACAUCAACUCCCCACUACCCAUCGGCUCCCCGAACAGCAGAGGAUCACCCAACGAGAAGAGGAAAAUAGACGUGAACAACCUCCUUUCCCCAAACUCCUUCAAUUUCCGAACAAAGGCCAGCUCUCUGCCCAGUAUCCUCGACUCCGAAGCGGAAUUAGACGAGAAAAGGGAACCGGCGUUUCCCGCCAAUGAUUGCUCGAAAAGCCCCACUUCAGUCGGCAGCCACGGCAAAUACACACACAAGUUCAAGAGUUGGAAAGUGCCUCGUUUUCUGCGCAAACAUUCGGACGCGCCGCUGCACAUGAUAAAGAAGCAGGAACUGUUGGAUAAAAACCCUAAUUUCCUUGGGGACGGUGACGCAGGCCUUACCAGUAACGGGUACCACCAAGUGCCUAUAGUAAUAGAAUCUCAAGACAAUAAGGCUCCUCUACAGAGCGCCACCAAACUCAACAUACCGCUGCCUCAUCAAAGCGCGUCAUUCGAACGCGAAGUCAUAGACAUAAGGUCCUACUUGAGCCAGUCGAGAAGCAAUAUGUCUCCAUUUGCCAGAAGUAGCAGCUACAGAUCGCAGUACGGCCGCCCCAACAACAUCGAGAUCCCAGUAUGCCGCGCGCGCAGCUCAACACUCACCACACAAGGCUCGCUACUCCGCCACAAGGACCGACGGUCGCGAGCCGUGUCGCCGCCGCGCGCCACGCCGCCGCCGCGGACGAGUGACGACGCGGUCAGCCUCUGCCCGUCUGUUAAUAGCAGGAAGGACUCGGGCAUCAGGAGCACUAGUCGGCGGUCUAGCAUACAGCAUCAGAUAUUCGCGCUGAACCAAUCCACGCUCGUCGCGUCCCAAACCGACAUCAUGCAACAUCGCGUCUCUGGAUACUACACGUCGAGCUUAUCUUCACUGAACGACCAAACGUCUCGAAGCAGGUUGCCCCCGCCACUCAACGACAAACAAGUGCAAUCAUUGCAGAAACUCCGCAAACAGUCGGAUCUACAACUCAUCAGAUGCGUGCAAGAAAGCGCUAGGACCGGCACUAACUACUUCGUACAACCGCCGCUGAAUCGACUCACCCUGUUCUUUAAAUCAUCCGAAAUGGAGCAGCAUUACAGAGAUAAGGCGCAUAGGAGUGAUGAUUCAGAGGAUUUCCCUCCAACGCUUACAACAUCUAGGUUUAACACAGCCUUUGAUGUUCUAGUCUCGACGAUUAUAUUCUUUGUAGUAUCGGCGUCGAUAUUCGCGCUUUACGACGCGUGGAAGAGUUGGCUCGGAUGGUUCGUGCUAUUCACACUGUUAGAGGCUAUCGCUAUGUCCUUCUGCAUAUACAGACACUACUUGAAGUGGAAGAGAAAACACCAGCCGCUUAGUGAUCACCUCAGCCGCUCUGUGAAGAUAUUCAGAGGUUUGUCCGACUGGUAUCCGUGGCAUUUGUGCGGGAGUGUGCUUAUAAGUUUGCCGAUCCUGGCCGUUCUGAUCAACUUUAACUGUAACAACACUACAAUGACGAUUUUAAGAGGCGAGCAGUCGUUUUAUGUGUAUUUACUCUGCGUGAGUAUAGUUCAGUUCUGUAACUUCACACAAAUGAACUGGCUAGUGAAGAAUACGUUGGUGUCAUUGUUUGCGGGUUUGUUCCUGUUUCUGGCGAUACUCGGGUGCCACGAGUUGAAUACUCAGUUUCUGGACUCGGAUGUGAUGCGUCCUCGAGUUAUAUCACGGAAUCUGACCGAUUUUGUGAACAGCACAGUGAAUGCUACGGACGAGUGGUUGAUAUUAAACGGCACUAGUGAUAAUAUCCCUGUCCAGCAUAGCUUGCACUUGACAGAACUAUACCUAGAUGUGGCGCUUCUGCUCAUGUUGGUUUGGUUCCUAAACAGAGAGUUUGAGAUCAGCUAUCGACUGAGUUUCUACAGCAACGUGGUAGCCAAUAGAGACAAGCAGAAAGUGCAAAACAUGCGGAAUCAAGCUGACUGGCUACUGCACAACAUCAUACCACGACAUGUUGCAGAACAACUCAAAAACACCGCAAAAUACUCCGAGAACCACAAAGACGUUGGAAUAAUAUUCGCCAGCAUCGUCAACUUCAAUGAAAUGUACGACGAGUCGUAUUUAAAAGGGAAGGAGUAUUUACGAGUGCUAAAUGAACUAAUAGCGGACUUCGACGAGCUUCUAGAAAGACCGGAGUUUCAGAACGUAGAGAAGAUCAAGACUAUUGGAAGUACAUUCAUGGCAGCUAGCGGGUUGAACCCCGACCUGCGGCUCGCUUCCAGCGAUCCGAACGAACAUUUGCACCAGCUGAUGGAUUUCGCUAUGGAGAUGCAGAAGGUGGUCGAUAAUUUCAACCAAGACUUACUAGAAUUCGACUUCAUACUGCGUAUCGGGUAUAACUAUGGUGACGUCACAGCGGGCGUUAUUGGAACUUCCAAGCUUUACUACGAUAUAUGGGGGGACGCCGUGAAUAUAGCGUCGAGAAUGGACUCCACGGGGGUAGCCAAUAGGAUCCAAGUAGGCGAGGCCUGCACCUCACUUCUGUCCAGUAAGUACGAGUUCGAACCUCGCGGCAGCGUCUAUGUCAAGGGUAAAGACAAUAUGAAUGUCUACCUACUCGUAGGUAAGAAGGAUGCAUAGAAAAAUGAAACCUAUUUAUUAUAAAAUUAGAAUCUGUGAUUUUUUAAUUAUAUAUUUGAUAUUGAAAUUAAAUGUACAUUAUACAAGUGAAGGUACACUAUGUAGAGAUGUAAGUGAAAUGUACACUAUUUUUACUUUUACCUGUGUUUUUAAGAAUGAGAGUUCUUAUGAAGGCUUCAGAAAUACUCCUAGUUAAAUCUACGAUGGUUUUUAAUAUAUCGAGCUUCGAUAGAUCUUUGUACAUAAAAGCAAGCUACAUGGCUAUUCGAACUAAAGUUAUUUUCAUAUAGUUGUAAGGUAGCUCCUUGCCUAAUGUUCUAUCGAAUAUAAUUGAUAAUUCUAUGACCAGUGCUCUAGUCUACAAAUGAAAUUUCCUUUUAAAUGUGACUGUAUAUUGGAACAAUAUACCUAUUUAUAUGUAUAUAAACAUUCUAGGUUAAGAAUAUGAUUUGUGUAAUAUUGUGACUAAUAAACUAAUAAGAAUAAUUAAUACUUAGUGAAAUUAAAUCAUAAUAUGUUUUAUGACCAACGUCAAUCUUAAAAAUGUACUCCCAAUGAAAGACGUAAAUUAUAUUGUAUACUUACUUAGUGAGAAAUAACAAAGGGUACUAAUACUAAUAUAAUAACCUAUAUCGGAUUUAUGUUACACGUGUAUGUAAAUGUUAUGUGAUUUUUGAA